AUGCCCCCGUUCGAGAAGCUGAGGAAAAUGCAUAGCCCUUUCCCGGGCUCGUUUCGCAGUGAAUGUAACAAAGCCGCCCGGAUUCUAGACGCCUUUACGAACCCAUUGAACCCGGACGGCCGCGACAGCCUCAUUCCCCCGAAAGUCCUCGGAGCUGCCAAGGGCUUCGCAAUUUUCUCCGUCUCAAAGCUGGGCAUCGUUGGAUCUGUACGAAUGGGCUCGGGCAUUUUAAUCGCGCGCCUCGAGGACGGCGACUGGUCCGCUCCUUCAGCCAUCCUGACAGCCGGAGUCGGAGUAGGAUCGCAGCUGGGCGUGGAGGUGACCAAUUUCGUCUUCGUCCUCAACACAACCAGCGCCGUUCGCACAUUUGCCCAGCUGGGGAGUUUGUCUCUGGGCAAGACUGCUUCAUUUGCCAUGGGCCCGUCGGGAAGAUUUGGCGAAGUCAACGGAGUGGUCAGUGCCGGUGGGAUGGCGGGCAUCUUUGUCUACGGCCAUAAUCAAGGUUUCUUUGGCGGCUUCAGUACGGAAGGGAGCAUGAUAUUCGAACGCCGCGGCGCAAACCAGAAGUUAUAUGGGAAGAAGAUCAAGGCGCGCGAUUUAAUCGAGGGCCAGUUCCCACCCCCCGAGGAGGCGGACGAGUUGAUGAACGUCCUGCGCUCCGAGCUGUUCGCGCCUCGACCGGAAUUGUGCGCUACCUCUUCGGCUUCCACCAAAGGUUCCAUUUCUUCCGGACGGCCAUCGCAGUCGUCUGCCGGCACAGACAUUCAGAAAAAGCCAAUUGAGAUGCCUGCUGAUGAGAUCGUUCAAUUGCCCGCCGAACUACCCGCCGAAUUCAUCGCUGAGCUCCCAGCAGAGGUGGUGCCGGACAUCUACUACGACAAAUCGGUCGGCUCCUCGGAGACGCUGCUGCCAGAGUUGCCAUCCGAGACAGCCUCGGUGCGUCCAGCAAAGAGCUGA